GAGGGUUGGGGGGUUGCAUUUGGUUGCUUUCCUUUUGCCCAGAAGAUGCGGCAGCAGAGCCAGGGGAGGAAUGGAAGAGAACGAUUUCUACAGCCCAGCGGUUCUGACUUUCCACUUUAGUGUUCGCGUUCAUUCCUUGCUCCCCUCUAGUCUAUGUACCCUGGGAUUAGAUUUAGUGGUGAUGUCCCAGAUUCCCCCAAAGCAAGCGUGUGGACGCGGGUGCGGGGGUAACAGCCAGGUCUGCUCGUCUGGAUUUGCUCCAGGUUGGGAGGCAGGGGUGUGGGAAGAGCCUUGCUUAGCCCAGCCCAGCACGGGUAAGGCGUGGCAAGCGGAAAGCGGGCUCCACUGCGCUGGGAUUGGUCUGGGUUAAUAGGCUUGCAAGUUUCUUUCGCUCUAGCCAACCGAGACGCUUAGUCGCUGGCAAUCCUUGUUGAUAGUUUUUAAUCAUCAUAACAAUAUCCUUAAUGCUGCGGUUUCAGAAUUAGAGCUUUUGGAAUUUGUUAACACCGUCUCAAGGACAUCAAGUUUGGGAUGCCACCUGUAGGUGGUGUGACAAGCAGUUCACAGUCUGAUAGGAGCAAGGAAAAGUUGCUUGGAGAAUGACUCAGCUUCCAGCCAAGCGGGGGGCGGGGGGGCCGUGUUCACCAAAACUGGGCCUUUCCUGGAUCCCGUGUUCCCCCUUGUUCCCCCCUUUUCAGAGCUGUUUGCAAAACUAGUUAACGUUAUGACAAUAAUAGCUUCCUGGACUUGAAGGAACUGCCCAGGAGAGUGGUGUUUUUCCAAAAUGAUGCUUCCAAGAGGAGAUUUACAAUAGCUACGAUGACUUAGAGAAAUCCAAUAUUAGAGCUGGUAGAGAUUCAGGUAGAUCAGUUCCUUUUUACAAAUGAAGAAUCCAGUGCCCAAAGAAGCUAGGAGACCUCAAGAUCACAGAGGUCUAGAACAGUCUUCUCACCCAGCACAGAACCCCUUCUGCCUCACCCACCAUCAGGAUAAAGGCACCCUAAAGGGAAGAGACAACCCCAGCCAGGCUAAGUUCAUGGCUAAGUGGCUGCUCUGCUUCUUGCCUGAAUUCCCCAGCUCAGUCCUCAUCUCCCCAGUGGUAUGGAGCAGAUAGUGUGCCAGGGACUAUUUCCAGUGCUUUACCAGUAGCAUUUUUGGUGAAGAAGAGAGGAAAAGCUCUCCCUGAAGAGUAUCUCUGCAGAGCAGCCCUUGAUGCUGUUCCUUGGAACAACAUUUCUCCUGAGUGCUGCUUUGGGCAGAUAUAAGGCAAUGUGAGGUCCAGAUGACAUGCCCUGACUUGUCACAGUCUCUGUGGGGUGGAGAGAAGGUUUGUCUCUUAAGACUGGCAACAUUCUGUGGUCUUGGUGCCCGUGCUUCAAGCCUAUAAGGAAUUCCAGUGGAAUAUUCAAAGGGUUCUGAGUCUUUGUAGGACUGCAUUGAUUGAGAGUGACAGCUCUCACCUGGCUAAAGCCAUUGAUGGACCAGUUUCAGCUGCAACCUCAGUAUUUCUUUCAAACCUCAGUCACUGAGAUUUGCUACUUGCAAAUCACUGGGAAUACAGAUAGCUUAUGAUUUAGCUGGGGAAAAGAACAUUUAUUGGGACUUUAUCUUGUGCUAGUGUGAUGUCUCUGUGCAUUCAUUCAUUUGAUCUUUAUAACAACCCUAUGAGGUAGAUACUAUUAUUACCUCCCUUUAAAGAUGAGGAAACUGACAGAGAAGGCUAAAUAAUGUGUCCAAAGACACAUUGCUGGUGAGUGGCAAUGCCAGGAUUAGAACUUCAGCCUCUGGCCUUAGGUCACACCUCCUUUCAGAAAACAGACAAGUGUGAAACUGUGCUUGUAUAAUGUGAGUAUUCGUGUGUGGCCUUGAAAAAAUAAGGCGAAACCUGGAUUUGAGAUCCAGGUUCUAGUUCUGCUUCUUUUUCUAACUAGCUGUAUAACCUCUUCGGGCAUCACUUUGCUCAUCUGUAAAAUAAAGAGGCUGGACUAGAUUUCUAGGGAACUAUUCUAAUCUAAAAUUCUGCACUUCAAAUGAUGUAGCAAGAUGCCCAAUGUGUGCCAUGGGGGGGUUGGUAAUAGUUGCCCUCGCUCCCCCGCAGAAUGCCCCUGCUUGACUGUUCUGAUGUUUACAGGCCCUUUCUGUAACUGGUGGUGUGGAUCCUGAAAUCCACUUCAUCCAGACAGAGUUCAAGAAAAGAGAAAUAUCAUAUGGGAUGGAAAAGGAAUAAUAAAAGCUCAUUCAUUGAGCAUCUGUUUUGUCCCAGGCACCUUAUGAGGUCCCUUCCAUAUCUAGAUGCUCAAAGACAGGUUAUUUAACAGGCCAACACCAGUCUGCUUGUAAAUGAUAUUAUUGUGACUUAGAUCCAGGGUGUUUUUUUUUUUAAAGCAUUUUUUUGGGGGUUUGUUUGUUUGUUUGUUUUUGGCUGCAUUGGGUCUUCGUUGCUGCAUGUGGGCUUUCUCUAGUUGCGGCGAGCAGGGGCUACUCUUCGUUGCAGUGUGCGGGCUUCUCAUUGCAGUGGCUUCUCUUGUUGCAGAGCACGGGGCUCUUCAGUAGUUGUGGCACGUGGGCUCAAUAGUUGUGGCUCGCGGGCUUUAGAGUGCAGGCCCAGUAGUUGUGGUGCACUGGCUUAGUUGCUCCCCGGCAUGUGGGAUCUUCCUGGACCAGGGCUCGAUCCCGUGUCCCCUGCAUUGGCAGGCGGAUUCUAAACUACUGUACCACCAGGGAAGUCCCUAGAUCCAGGGUUUUUAAAAAUUAUUCCACAACUGCUACUUUCAACCUCUACCCUGCAAUGACUUAAAGUUCCCUGGGUAUAAAGUAGAAAGCAAGAUAGGUUAUCUUGUCUGUUUUACUGCAUGCCACUGGAGGUGAUGACCUGUGUGAGCUUUCUACUCAUUUUAUAAACUGGAAACAAGACCAAGGACAACCUUUGUCCUGUCAGGGAAUCACAGCAGGACUUGAACCCAGGUCUCCCUCAUCCUACUCCCUGCCUCUCCCAUCAUGUCAUUCAAGGCUGGACUGAUUGAUUGCCUGAGAGCCCAACUGGGCACUGACACAGUGCUCUGUACUUCCAGAGGCUUGGAAGAGGGCACACACGAACACUGGUGCCCUGCCAGGAGGGCAGGUGGCAUGGGAAUUUUCCCUACUCUAAGGGAACAUACAGUCCUAGGGAUGGCAAAGGAGAACUGAAACAUUAGUUAAAAGUUGGCUUUUUUCCCCUUGUAACUUCCUUGAACAUUAUAAUAACCAGUAACAAAGUGGAGUUGUAAAGCUCCAAUGAGAUAAAAAAAUGUGAAAGGGCUUUGUAAACUGUGAAGUGUCGUGCAAAUGGUAUUCUGAGUAUCUGUUGAAACAAAGGGCAUGUUGUUGUUAAUAACCAUUUACCAGAGAAGAGUAACAGUCUAUCAGGCAGCCAUGGAAUUGCUGACUGCCAUAGGGGCAGGUUUCCUGAGCCUGGAAACACCCUGCACACUGAUAACUCUUUUGUAACUAACUGCCAGCAAGCCUGAGAGCAUCAGUGUUUCCAGCUUUGCCAGUGAGUGUCUCUGUGUCUCCCUGUCCCAGGCCUCAAGGCUGGCUGAGCAGCUGGCUGCCCGCUUGGCGCCCCACUUCCAUGUCUCAGCUGAAGAAUGUGGAAGCCAGGAUCCUCCAGUAACAAGAUCUGGACGGUGACAGUGAGCCCUGAGCUCAGGGACCGCACCCCCCUGGUGAUGGUGCAUGGCUUUGGGGGCGGCGUGGGCCUCUGGAUCCUCAACAUGGAUUCACUGAGCGCCCGCCGCACUCUGCACACCUUCGAUCUGCUCGGCUUCGGGCGAAGCUCUAGGCCAACGUUCCCGAGGGACCCAGAGGGGGCCGAGGACGAGUUUGUGACCUCUAUAGAGACGUGGCGGGAGACCAUGGGGAUCCCCAGUAUGAUCCUCCUGGGGCACAGUCUGGGAGGAUUCCUGGCCACUUCCUACUCCAUCAAGUACCCUGACAGAGUUAAACACCUCAUCCUGGUGGACCCAUGGGGCUUUCCCCUCCGACCAACUGACCCCAGUCAGAUCCGUGCACCCCCGACCUGGGUCAAGGCUGUGGCCUCUGUCCUAGGGCGUUCCAAUCCACUUGCUGUUCUUCGAGUAGCUGGGCCCUGGGGGCCCAGCCUGGUACAGCGAUUCCGACCAGACUUCAAACGCAAGUUUGCAGACUUCUUUGAUGAUGAUACUAUAUCGGAGUAUAUCUACCACUGCAAUGCCCAGAAUCCCAGCGGGGAGACGGCAUUCAAAACCAUGAUGGAGUCCUUCGGCUGGGCCCGGCGACCCAUGUUAGAGCGAAUUCACUUGAUUCAAAAAGAAAUGCCCAUCACCAUGAUCUACGGGGCCAACACCUGGAUAGACACCAGCACGGGAAAAAAGGUGAAGCUGCAGCGGCCGGAUUCCUACGUCCGAGACAUGGAGAUCGAGGGCGCCUCACACCACGUGUACGCGGACCAGCCACACAUCUUCAACGCAGUGGUGGAGGAGAUCUGCGACUCGGUUGAUUGAGCUGCUCCCCUAGAGGGCGAGGAGAAAGCCAGAGAUUCACUCUCACCUCCCUGUCUCCUUACUUACCCCUCUGUCCCUUCCUGACCAACUAACAUGUGCCAGCCAGGCAGAGUCUCGGGCUGUCCCCAGGGCAGGACCACAGAAGGAGAGCACUCCUCUCUACGCUAAGGGCCAGAGGCAAAAGCCACAAGUGGCCUUGAGCUCCCCACCCCAGGGAAGAGCAUAAAGGCUUGCAGAGUGCCACCCCAUUCUCUCCAUGCCGAGUGUUACCCAGGUGUGGUUAUGAAGGGUCACACCAAGCUGCGUCCCCCCUGUGCCAAAGGGAGGGCGGCCGCCUCCCCUGGGCGAAGGAGAGGCUCUCAGUGGCCUUUCCUGGCUCUGGAGUGUGUGUGGGGUAAGUUCCGUGCAGGAACAUCUUCCUCCCCCGUCACCCCCGGCCCCCCGGCCCAUGCCAGUUCUGUCCGGAGUCUGGUUGGGACUAGUUCCCACUUAAGUACCAAGAGCAGGUCCUGCAGCUCCCGUGACCUGAGAGGUCAUAUCCAAAGCCCUCAUUAACAGAGGAGGCCCAGGACAGGGCAGGGCAUGGCUGGUCCAUGGUGAGACAGCUCUGUUCCAGGAGAGCUAGGGCUGGCACCCGGGUCUGCUGAGAGCCAGUGCUCACAGCAGACUCUGUUUGCUAAGGUUUGAGGCAAGCACCGUUGCCAUGGGGCUGGUCCUGGCUGAGGAUAAGCCCAACCCAGCCCUGCGUUCCAGCCUCAUUGUACGGGGGGUGCUGUUUGCCUGCCCUGUGUCUCAGCCCCAGCUGCCUAAGCUGGGAACAUUCAAGUGCUUCCUUUCUGCCCCCUCUUCCUCCCGCUGGGAGGCCUCUGGGCCUCCCUCUGUGCCUUGGGCCCUGAAGCCCCACCCAUAGUGUUGAGAAAGGUGGCCCCUGGUGGAGAGAAGGGAAAGGCCCUUCAACCCUGAGCCGUGUCUGGAUCCCCAUCCUCUCUAGUAUCCGCAGGGUUUUUCUACCUGCCCCCGGAGCUGAGGCUCACGUGAGCCUCCGCCCAGGGUCCAGUGGGGAGCCUCCAGCCGGCAGUUGCCUGUCCUCAUCAGCCACAGGAUGGUUCUCACUGCCUGGCCCUCCAUCCCUGCCACCUGUCCUUCUGGUCUCCAGCUCAUCAGCCCCCGACCCCCCGUCACUCUCUCCCAGCGGCUGGUUCCAGGUGCUGCUCCGAGGUUCUGGGCAGUAGGCUGGGCCUGGCCCCAGAACCAGGGCAGCUCUUGCCUACUCCUUCACUUUUGUAAAGCCAACCCUUUCACCAGAAUAGUAUUAACUCCUGGUGCUUUGUACUACUGGUCCAGCUGCCUUGGGCUCCUUUUCUAUAUUAAUAAAUAAAUGAGUCAAAACUGCCUUUGGUGAUGAUGUUUAAUAUUGCUCCAACAAGAGUGGUGCUGAAUUCACAACAGCUCCUGUGCCGCCUGAGUCAGAGGAGGGAGCCCCGAGAGGUACCCACGCACAGGCCACUCGACUCCCUGUCCCGUUUAGUGCAGCAUCUGCCCCUUAAGAGGAUGGAUAAGGGCUGGAUGGGCCAAGCCCCAACUCACAGGAGAAUUAGGCUGAACUGGGUGCUCCCUACUGCCCAUUAAAUAGCCCUAUCAUCUGAAGUUCACCUUGGCCUUCACCUGGACUGCUCCCUAGGGCCUAUUCUAACUCCUACUCACCCUCAACCUCAACUCAAAUAUUCCUUCUGCAGGGAAGCUUUCCCCUGAACCCCUAGACUAGACUUGCACCCCCUCUUCUGUGUCUCCAAGGCACACUCGAAUGCCCCUUGGUAAAACUCAUAAACUUGUA